AUGCGGUCGCUUCUGAGUGUCGCUGUUUGCCUCCUGGCGGCGACGGCCGCUGCGGUGAGCACUUCAGGAAACAGGCUGCUCGUUCUCUUGGACAACGUGGCGGACAAGGAUGCAUACAAUCACUUCUUUGGCGAUCUCACAGCCCGAGGAUAUGAUAUCACGUACGAAUCACCGCGGAACGAGGGCUUGAGGCUGUUCCGCCUCGGACAGCGAAACUUUGACCACGUCAUGGUCUUGCCCUGCAAGUUGAAAGGCCUCGGUCCCAAUUUCACGCCCAGCCUUCUCCUCGACUUUGUCAAGGCCGAGGGCAACAUCCUCGUUGCCCUCUCCUCCACCGCUGCCGCGCCCGUCUCCGUCACCGCUUUCCUCGCCGAGCUCGACAUCUUCCUUCCGAGCGAGCGAACGGGGACCGUCGUUGAUCACUUCAACUACGACAGCGUCUCGGCCAAGGAAGCCCACGACACUCUCGUCCUUGACGCGCCCGAGGCCGUGCGGCCCGGUCUCAAGGACUACUUUGAGCUUCCCGGCGUCCUGGCCUUGCCGCACGUCGUCGGUCACUUGCUCGGCUCGAGCCAGCUCAUCACGCCGAUCCUGCGUGGGCUCCCGACGGCGUACAGCUACAGCCCCAAGCAGGAUCCCGUCGUCGUCGACCCGGAUGAUCUGUUCGCCGCCGGUCGCCAGCUCGGCCUCGUGUCCGUCAUGCAGGCUCGCAACUCGGCCCGCGUCAGCGUCGUCGGGUCGGCCGAGAUGCUGCAGGACAAGUGGCUGGAUGCGCAGGUGGCGCGAGGCGGCGGCGACAAGGUCAAGACGGAGAACCGCGAGUUUGGCAAGCGACUGUCCGGCUGGACGUUCCAGGAGAUUGGCGUGCUGCGCGUCAACGGCGUGGAGCACCGCUUGGUCGGCGACAGCGAGCUCAACCCGCAGAUCUACCGCGUCAAGACGGACGUGUCCUACAGCAUCUCGCUGUCCGAGUACGUCUGGGACAAGUGGGUUCCCUACGUGCUGCCGGCCGACGACAGCCUGCAGCUCGAGUUUUCCAUGCUCUCGCCCUUCCACCGCCUGAACCUCGUACCCUCGGUGACGCAGAGCGGGGCGACAAACUUUUCGCGCGACUUUACGCUGCCGGACCAGCACGGCAUCUUCAACUUCAUGGUCAACUACAAGCGGCCCUUUCUGACGUACAUUGAGGACAAGAAGACGGUGAGCGUGCGGCACAUGGCGCACGACGAGUUCCCGCGAAGCUACGUCAUCUCGGGCGCCAUGCCCUGGCUGUCGGGCAUCGCGGCGACGGCGACAGGCUUCGUGUGCUUCGCUGCCGUGUGGAUGUACAGCAGCCCGCCGGCCGUCGAGAAGCGGAAAUGA